AAACGGCGUCGUAUCUCUAACUAGAGUUAUAUUAUCAUGGCCUCUUCCAUGAUCAAGGAAGAAUUCGAUGGUGAUCCCGGAGGAAGAGAUACAUUACAAGAACUAUUAUUAACACUAAAAUCGACAGUUGAAGGAUUGCUAGCCUCACAUUCAACCUAUGUAUGGUCAACAUAUGGUGGUCUCACCAGGCUCUGUAAUGCUGUUAAUAAAAUACUACGCCACCAGCUUAGACAAAAUCAGACACUGUUCACAAAUCUUGAUGAUCAUUGGGUUUUCAUCAAGCGUCUCCGGACAUUAAAUCCAGUACUAGCACCCUCUAUUGACCAGAUAAGCCGGCAAGCUGUGGAGCAAGGAUGCGUGAAAGGUGAACUGUGGGUUAAGAUCAGUCUUGAGAAUCUAAGUUUGUCAUCACAGCUAAAGCAACUGGUUGAGAACGAAGAACAUGCUCAACUCUGUUACUAUGACAGUGCUUUUAUCCGAAGUCCUCCACAUUUCUUGGCCCUUUACCUUUGUUUGCAAGCAGUGGAGCGUAACGAUAUAUCUGUGUUAGCUGAUAUUGAUCCAUCUCUGCUCCGGAAACAAAAGUUGUGUCAUACUCGGAGCGCCUCCUUACCAGGAGGGGCCCCAUUCUACAAGACCAUGCCCAUUAUGCAACGUAAACCAUCUUGUAGUGAAAUGACUCCUCCACACUUCACCUCUCCUAAAACUGAGAGUAUUCUAACCACUUCAGGUGAACAUGCCUUACCAUCCCCACCCAGUGCUGACUCACUUGGUGAGAGGAGAACUUCUGCAAAGGAUGCCCUUACAUUUGUUUUACAAGGUAGCAGUUCUCGGAAUAACGACAAAAUGACACAGAUUACACACGUUGCUACUGACCCUUUGUUGAAUCAGAGUUUCUUGCCUGGGGAGUUAGAUGGACGUUUAGAACAAUCCCCACUCAUGAAUGACAAUGACAAAAAAAGCGACGGUCGGACAAAGAAAAAGGGAAUAUGUGAUUGUAAAACAAAUGCUGCAAUUGAUUCGGAAUGGAGAAGCGAGAUGGAGGCAGCUCUUGUUCACGGUGGCGGUAAGGCAUACUGCCGUCUUUGUGGAAAAAAACUGAAGUUGAGAAAUGAUACUAAUUUAGUUAGAAGGAACUCAUCUCGGAGCAGUCUCCUCAGUUCGUCGUCUACUUUACCACCUCAAAAUAAUCAGCUCUUUGGUGACGAUGAUGAUGUAAAACCACAAAUGGUGGCUCAUAAGAAGAAGAGGCGAACCUUGCAGAAAAUGAAUAGUGUGUCGUCUACCAACCUGGAUGUUAUGGGGGAGGAUGAAUUAGAUGGCAGUGUUUUUUCAUUACCUAGCAGUGUAGAACAUAGGACUGAGAGUUUACUUGAAGAAGGUUCAUUCAGUGUAUCUCCUGUUACGGACUGCUACUUCCCACGCCCAGUUGAAGGCCAGUCACUGCUCAGUUUCUUGUCUUCAAAAGAUUUCAAAAAGUGUCCUGAAUUAGACAGGGAAAAUGCUCAUUUCUGUAUAUCAGAGGCUAUUAUUGCUGCAGUGGAGCAAAUAAAGUGCAGAUCAUUAACAGGUAACGGCAGUGACCAUGAGUCCGAUGGAUCUGAUGAGGAGAUUCAGGAACUAAAACAACGCAUCCGAAUAAGGCGCAAAGAACGUCAUUCACAAAACGUGCGACCCAAGUAUCUUCUUAGUGAUGGUGAAAGCAAAACUGAAACUACUACAACAUCAAGUAGUGGAGAAAAUUCUCCAGCAGAGAGCUUGGAUGAUUCAGAACAUUUUGAAAGUAGCUGUGCCUCAUCAGAAGAUGAACUGACUGACAAAAGUAGCAAUAUGGUAUCCAUGGCAACAACUGGACUGUCAGGAUCGAUGGCAUCUCUGUACUCGGAUGCUGAUGUACGUAGGGGUGUCGUAGCUGCAACGCGGUUAGUGCCUGCUGUUCCGUCCGUAACGGCAGAAGCUGUCGCCCUCUCUCUGCUUCAAAAGUUUUCUGAGAAGCAUCUUCCUGCCGCUUCAGACCUUGCAUGGAUGGUGACGGAGCACGAUGCCCCACAAGCACUUCUUCCACUCCCCAAAUCUGUGCCAAUAUCCCCCGACCAGGCUGACAAUAUCAACACCUCAUCCCUUACUGGUAAAAAUACACGUAUACGAGGCAACUUAGAUUGGGCGCCACCUAGGGCUCAGAUAGUAUUUAAUGUACAUCAGACUCAAAAGAGGAAAGUUGUGAUGAUGAAGCAGAACCAGCGUUGUGCAGGUUGUGGAAUGAAAGUGGAAGUUGGUUACCAGAAACGAUUACGUUACUGUCACUACCUCGGCAAAUACUUCUGCCAUUGUUGCCAUAACAACUCAACCGCCGUCAUUCCAGGCCGUAUUCUUGAGAAGUGGGACUUCCGUAAAUACAGCGUUUCAAAUUUUGCAUUGGAACUGUUGCGCAAGAUGCAUAAUGAUGCACUUUUUAAUGUACAUGACAGAAAUGCUCAGUUAUAUCGAAGAAUAAAUGCUUUAGAACAGUCUAGGGAAUUACGGUUACAACUUUACCACUUAAAGGAUUUCAUAAAAACUUGUCGGAUUGGUCAGAGUCUCUUACCUACACUUGAGCAGUACCCCAAGCACCUUUAUACUGACAUUCACAUCUUCUCCAUACAUGAUCUGCUAAAGGUGAAAAGUGGAGAGUUAGUAGAAGAGUUGAAAGUCUUGGUAGAAGACAUCAAGAAUCAUGUUAAACAAUGUCAACUUUGCCAAGCACGUGGGUUUAUAUGUGAGCUGUGCAAUAAAGAAACUGAUAUUAUAUUUCCAUUUGAACUCAGUAAAACUCACCAAUGCCAAGACUGCUGGGCAUGUUAUCAUAUAUCAUGUUUUCAAACAACAAAAGUUUGUAAGAAAUGUGAGCGGAUAAAAGCAAGAAAAUCAGGCCUAGCCUCAAGUUCCAGACAACCUCAAGAGCCAGCCAAAGUUACUGUUAGGUGACUGUAAAUGGAAGUCAAAUCUAUGCAGUACUCAGUCAGGCACAUGUAGAGAGCAGAUGAAAAUACUGACUUUGAUAUAAAGAGAGCAAUAUAAACACAACACAGUGAUAAAAACACUGUGCAGUAUGCAGGUUAAAAUGAGCAAUUUUACCUUGAUUCCACUGUUACCAGUGGUGUUGAUGUAGCUUGACUUAGAAGCCUUAUGAAACCACUAAACCUAGUGUUCGUAGUACACAUGCUCUUCAUUUUAUGAAGAUUUUUAACUGGUAAUUUAUUGCUUAGCACACAACAGCAAGGGUCACUUCAGGUGUACUCUGUCCAU